AAGCACAUAGCAAGCGUUUCGGUCCUUUCUCUUCUUUUCUCCAUAUUCCAAAUCGCCGUCGACGGUUGCCUCAGCCAGUCAGCCGUUGCUUUCGACGUCAGCCUCCAGGCCUGGGAUCGUGUUCGAAUCUCAACGGCAAAGAAAUCGCGGCGCAGGUGGGGAGCUGCUAGAUUGCGAUGGCCAAUAAAAAUAAUAGUCUGGGGAAUUUUACAUUGGGUAGGACUGCUAAAAAGCUGUGAUUUUUGCGUGCUCCAAUCCCUUUGCCUUGUCUAAACCUUCUCGAUAUAAGCAUUUCCCAGCAGAAUUUACAUAUGGAUAGAUUAAAAAUCGGCGUUGUAAGGUGCUAUGUUAUGAUUUUUAAUUUUCAUCAGUUGUUAGCUAAACUGAGCUCAUGAUUCUGAUUCUCUGCUUCUUUUUAAUUUUACAUUUUUUAUACACAGUUAUAAGAGAUAGAAUUGAAAUAUAGGUUCUUAUUAUCUCGGCCAUCUGAUGUAUUAGAUUCUUUAUUGCUCUUAUUAUCCUCUGCAGUUGUCCAUAUCAAUACUCUCGCUACUAGAUAUGUUUGCUGAAAUGACACAAUCUGACUUCUGGGUAGGUUCAGUUUAGCUGUGCUGGGAUGAAGGCUACAUGAUAUCACCCUUCCAAAAAGUUAUCCAUUAACUUAUGUGAAAUUUUGAAUAUGGCCACUUCCAAAGCCAUAUCUCCCUUCAGGCUCUGUUCCCUUCUCCGCUUGCAGAAGGAUCCUGCUCUUGCUUUAGAACUUUUUAGGAACCCUAUCCCUAAUCAUGAUCCCGAGAAGCCUUUUAGGUACCCCCUUCUUUCCUAUGAUCUCAUCAUUACCAAGCUUGGUCGUGCCAAAAUGUUUGAUCAAAUGGAGCAAGUACUCCAUCAACUGAAGCAAGAUAAACGCAUUGCUGUUCCAGAGGUACUCUUCUGUGAGGUCAUAUCCUUCUAUGGCCGGGCACGCCUUCCUGCUCGUGCUUUCCAGACAUUCGAGUCCAUUCCAUCUUUCCGGUGCAAACAAACUAUAAAAUCAGUGAAUACACUUCUAAAAGCACUUUUGAAUUGCCGAGAAUACAAGAAAAUGAGAGAAAUUUUGUCUAGAUUUAAUGAAUACGGAAGGCCUGAUGCGUAUACAUAUAAUAUUCUGAUCAAUGCUUCUCGUAUUGGAGGGGAUAUGGAACAAGCAUGGGCUGUGUUCGAUGAAAUGCUAAGAAAUCGGGUUCGUCCAAAUGUGGUGACUUUUGGAACUUUGAUGAAUGGGCUUUGUUCAAAUGGUGAGAUACAAGAAGCUUUAAAGUUCAAAGAGGAUAUGACGAGGAAUUUCAAGUUAAAGCCUAAUGCCUUUUUGUAUGCAACAUUACUUAAAGGGCUUUGUCAAACUGGGGAGCUAAGUCGGGCCUUCAGUAUCAAGGAUGAAAUGGUAAGAAAUAAAGUGGAGUUAGAUUCUGCCAUUUACACCACUCUAAUUGAUGCGCUUUUCAAGGUUGGGAGGAAGGAAGAGGCACUGGUUUUUAUGGAGGAAAUGAAAAAGAGCGGUUGCAAGCCAGACAUAGCGACUUAUAAUGUGAUGAUCAGCGAAUAUUGUAGGGAGAAGAAUUUUGAAGAGGCCUAUAAAAUUUUGGAACAAGCGGAAAAUUUAAAGCCAAAUGUUGUGAGUUACAAUGUGAUUAUUGGUUCGUUAUGUAGGGAGGGGAAAUCAAUUGAAGCAAAUGAAUUGUUUCAAGAUAUGCCAAGGCGUGGAUGUGCUCCUGAUGUGGUAUCAUACCGCAUGCUUUUUGAUGGGCUUUGUAGUUGCAUGCACUUGAAGGAAGCAGCAUUAAUGUUAGAUGAGAUGAUAUUUAAGGGUUAUGCGCCUCAUAGUAGAAGUAUAAAUGAGUUUGUCUGCCGGCUGUGCGAGAAAGGUGAUUUUCAGUUGCUCUCAGCAGCCAUGAGUAGUCUGGGCAAAGGCAACUUUCUAAAUGUGGAGUUAUGGAAAAUUCUGGUUUCCAUGAUUUGCAAAAAGGAGAAGCCGUCAGAAUCUGUUGAACUUUUUGAUACUUUAACGGUGCCAUAAAUUCUACUCAAUCUGACAUUUGUUGAUUUGGUUGAAGGUUCAACCAAGUGCACAUGUUAUGUUCAUCUGUUUUUGUAUGUUAACCUACUGACUAAAGAUUCAUUGGCGGUGCCCUAUUCAUGUUUGCGAGAGAGGCAAUGGCCUUUUUUUUUCCUUCUAAUUUUUGGUAGAUAAGGGACGACGUGAAUUCAAGCGAGCCUCAAAGAUUUGGUUUACUGCAUGAAGAAGCUGAACUCUGUCAUCUCCCAUUUGACAGACGGUUUGCUCUGCUAUAGGAUUUUGUUCUGCUGAUCUUCACAUGGCUUGUCCUGUCUUUUGUCUGUUGCCAUUUUGGAUGAUAACUAAAGGUUAGGCAACUGUAUUUUCCAUUUUUGAAUGAUAAGGUUCAAAAUUUAAUCCUCAUUGAAAUUGUAAUUGAGGGGAGAAGUGGGUACUUUUAGUUGUUAGGUUAAACGAAGGAUUUGGUGCUUCCUAGAUGCUUGUAUCAUCUGUCUUCUCUUUAAUAUUAAUGUGAAUUUUAAGGAUUUCAUUUGA